UACACCUUCACUGCCAGCUUUGUGGAGAUCUACAAUGAGACUCUUCGAGAUCUUCUCUACACAGGAAAGCCAAACAAGAGACCGGAGCAUGAGAUCAGGAAGAUCUCCAGCAAUGAAAUCACAGUUACCAACCUGACCUACCAAAAAGUCAACAAUGAGGAUGAGGGGAGUAGAGCCACGCUGUGUCUGGUGGAUUUGGCCGGUAGUGAGAGAGUGCAGAAGAGUCAGUCUCAAGGAGAUCGAUUCAAGGAAAUGACCGCCAUCAACUCUUCCCUCACCAACCUGGGAAUUGUGAUCGCCGCUUUGGCCAACAAGGACAGCUUUGUUCCCUACCGUAACUCAAAGCUCACGUACCUCCUCCAGAACUGCCUCGGAGGCAACAGCAAAACUUUGAUGUUUGUGAAUAUAUCGCCUGAGGAAGAGAGCUUCGGUGAGUCGCUGAAUUCUCUGCGCUUCGCCAGCAAGGUGAACGACUGUGUCAUCGGAACAGCCUCC